AUGCCCUUUAUCCAACAAGUCUCUAGACUAGUAGCGUUGAGAAAUAUGUCGACGAACGUUAAGCAUUACGAAUAUUUAGUUAUCGGUGGUGGUUCCGGUGGAGUUGCCUCCAGUAGAAGAGCAGCUUCUUACGGAGCAAAGACCUUGCUAAUCGAGGCCAAAGCCAUGGGUGGUACUUGCGUUAACGUAGGCUGCGUGCCAAAGAAGGUUAUGUGGUAUGCUUCAGACCUAGCAACUCGUUUGAGCCACGCAAACGAAUAUGGGCUAUUCCAGGGCACCGAGUUAACUCGCGAGAAGUUGACCUUCAACUGGGCUCAAUUCAAACAAAAACGGGACGCUUACAUUGAGCGCUUGAACGGAAUUUAUGAACGUAAUUUGGCUAAAGAAGGUGUGGAUUUUAUGUAUGGUUGGGCUAAAUUUAACAAAGACGGUCAGGUCGAGGUGACGAAGCUCGACAGCACCAAGGAACUUUUCACAGCCGACCGCAUUUUGAUCGCAACUGGCGGUACUCCAAUCAAGCCAGACGGUAUUGAGGGUUACGAAUUGGGAAUUGACUCUGACGAGUUUUUCAAACUUGAAAAGCAACCCAAGAAGGUUGUGGUUUCCGGUGCAGGUUACAUUGGCGUUGAGUUGGCUGGUGUGUUUCACGGGUUGGGCACCGAAACUCACAUGGUGAUCAGGGGUGAGACUUUGUUGCGUAAGUUUGACGAUUCCAUUCAAACUGCUAUUACCGAUCACUACGUCAAAGAAGGCAUUAACAUUCAUAAGAGCGCCAAGAUCUGUAAAGUGGAAAAAUCCGAUGUUACGGGCAAACUAACGGUUUACUUGGAUAACGGAGAAAAUAUCUCCGAAGUAGACGAGCUGCUAUGGACUAUUGGUCGUAAAACCCAAUUGGGCUUUGGCUGUGAACACGUUGGAGUCGAGCUUAACGACAAAGAGCAAGUUAUCGUCGAUGAGUAUCAGAACACCUCAGCACCUAACAUCUACUCGUUGGGAGAUGUCAUUGGUAAGGUCGAGUUGACCCCUGUGGCUAUUGCUGCUGGUAGAAAAUUAUCAAACAGGCUGUUUGGCCCCGAGAAGUUUGCCAAUCAGAAGCAGGAUUACGAAAACGUCCCAAGUGUGGUGUUCUCGCACCCAGAAGCUGGUACCAUUGGCUUGACCGAAAAGGAAGCCAUUGAGAAGUAUGGUAAAGACAACAUCAAGGUUUACAACAGUAAAUUCACUGCCAUGUACUAUGCUAUGCUGGAACACAAGUCGCCUACCAGUUACAAGUUGGUUUGCGCCGGUGAAGACGAGAAAGUUGUUGGUUUGCACAUUGUCGGGGACUCAUCCGCCGAAAUUUUGCAAGGUUUCGGAGUUGCUGUCAAGAUGGGUGCUACAAAGGCUGACUUUGAUUCAUGUGUUGCCAUUCAUCCAACCAGUGCUGAAGAACUGGUCACCAUGUAA